AUGGAGCAGCAAUCAUGGGUCGCUCGGAAGGACGGAGGACUUGGCGGCUUGCGUUAUCCACUCUUGUCGGAUUACAAGAAGUGUAUAUCUGCUGAUUAUGGCGUUCUGUACGAAGAAAAAGGCAUUGCUCUUCGUGGGCUGUUUAUUAUAAGCCCGAACGGGAUCAUACGCCAAAUCACAAUCAACGAUACACCUGUUGGACGCUCCGUGGAAGAAACUUUGCGCUUGGUCAAGGCUUUCCAGUUCACGGACAAACAUGGCGAAGGUAGGCGUUAG